GUUUUGAAGCUGAAUGCCAAAGUUGACGAUACAAACGAGUGAACUUGGUGACUCGGUUGAGAAAGUUACGUUAUCUUGAUUUUCCUGCUCCCUUCGGUUUCUUUCUUUCUUUCUUUGUUGAAUUGAAUUCACACACUUCAUUCAUCCACACACUUCAUUCACUUCACUUCAUUCCAUCCAUUCAUGUCUUCCACCAAUAAUUUUCGACAAUCUGCGAAAGCAAUUUCUAAUUGGAGAAAAGUUAGAAUAGUAUUUAGUGCACUUGCUCGCUUCAAAUACUAUGCAUCUCUUCGAAACGACACAUGGAUGCAUGAUGUGUUCCUAAGUUUUAGUGGAAAGGAGACGCGUGCAUCUUUCACUUCGCAUCUCUAUGCUUCUCUUCAAAACGCCGGAUUUCGUGUUUUCAGGGACGACGAUUCGCUUCAAAGAGGAGAUCACAUUUCAACAUCACUCUUGCGAGCAAUUGAACAGACUCGAAUUUCUAUCAUCGUUUUUUCAAAAAAUUACGCCCAAUCGCGAUGGUGUCUUGAUGAGUUGUUGAGGAUAAUGGAGUGUCAGAAAACCAUUGGACAAAUUGUUCUUCCAGUGUUCUUCAAUGUAGAUCCAUCGGAAGUCCGUCAUCAAACCGGUGAAUUCGGAAAAGCAUUUCAAAUUCUUUUGAAUAGGAGGAUAGAGAAGGAAGAACCUGAGUUGAUAGAAUUCAACUUGGAGAUGAAGUUGAGAACAGCGCUUCGUCAGGCAGCUGGCCUUGCUGGGUUCGUUGUCCCAAACUCCAGGAAUGAAAGUAAGGCUAUCCAGGAUAUUGUUGAAAAUGUUACGCGUAAGCUUGACAAGACAGAAUUGUUUAUUGCUGAUAAUCCAGUGGGAGUUGAAUCUCGAGUGCAAGGUAUGAUUCAACUAAUGGAGCAAGAUAUCCAACAAUCAAAUGAUGUUCUUCUACUGGGGAUGUGGGGUAUGGGGGGAGUUGGUAAAACAACCAUUGCCAAAGCUAUUUACAAUAAAAUUGGCCGCAAUUUUGAAGGUAGAAGCUUCCUUGCAAAUAUUAGGGAAGUUUGGGAGGAAAAUGCUGGAAAAGUGAAUUUACAAGAACAACUUCUCUUUGAUAUCUGCAAAGAUAUGGCAACCAAAAUUCAAAGCAUUGAAUGCGGAAAAAUCAUAUUAAAGGAUAGACUCUGCCAUAAAAGAGUAUUAAUAUUACUCGAUGACGUUAAUACAUUGGACCAACUAAAUGCUUUGUGUGGAAGUCGUAAGUGGUUUGGUUCGGGAAGCAGAAUAAUCAUCACCACAAGAGACAGACAUAUACUUAGUGGGAAUAGGGUUAAUAAAGUAUUCAAAAUGAAACACAUGGAUGAAAGUGAAUCAAUUGAGCUAUUCAGUUGGCAUGCAUUUAAGCAAGCGAGUCCUGCGAAAGAUUUUGCUAAAAUUUCUAGAAAUGUAGUGGAGUAUUCUGGGGGAUUGCCACUAGCUUUGGAAGUUAUUGGGUCAUAUUUGUUUGACAGAGGGAUAACAGAAUGGAAAAGUGCAUUGGACAAACUCAAAAGAAUUCCUAAUAAUCAAGUACAGAAGAAGUUAAGAAUAAGCUAUGAUGCUUUAAAUGAUGAUUAUGAGAAAGAAAUAUUCCUUGAUGUAGCUUGUUUCUUUAUUGGGAAGGACCGAAAUGAUGUUACACUUAUAUUAGAUGGAUGUGGACUUUUUGCUGAAAUUGGAAUAAGUAUCCUUGUUGAGCGAAGUCUUGUCACUGUUGAUGAUAAGAACAAACUUGGAAUGCAUGAUUUGUUGCGAGAUAUGGGAAGAGAAAUCAUUCGUGGGAAAUCACCAGAAGAGCUCGAGGAGCGUUGCAGGUUGUGGUUUCAUGAGGAUGUGCUUCAUGUAUUAUCAGAUCAAACUGGAACAAAAGCUAUUAAGGGGCUGGCGUUGAAGUUGCCAAGAGCUAAUGAAAAACGUUUUAGCACUAAAGCAUUCAAGAAGAUGAACAAACUCAGAUUGCUCCAACUUGCUGGGGUAAAACUUGAUGGAGAUUUUGAAUAUCUUUCCAGAAAUCUGAGAUGGCUGUCUUGGAAUGGAUUUUGUUUAGCACAUAUACCAACAAAUUUGUGUAGAGAAAAUUUAGUUUCCAUCGAGUUAGAGAAUAGCCAUGUCAAACUAUUAUGGAAAGAGGCCCAGAUGAUGGAAAAGCUAAAAAUUCUAAAUCUUAGUCAUUCUCAUUGUCUGACGCACACCCCAGACUUUUCAUACUUGCCUAAGCUUGAAAAGUUAGUACUCAAAGAUUGUUCAAUGCUGUCUGAGGUUUCUCCUAGCAUUGGGAAUCUCGGCGAAAUUCUUCUAAUAGAUUUUGAAGAUUGUGUUAGCCUUCGUAACCUUCCAAGAAGCAUUUAUAAGUUGAAAUCUCUAAAGACUCUUAUUCUUUCAGGGUGUGUAAUGAUUGAGAAGUUGGAAGAGGAUAUAGAACAGAUGGAAUCAUUAACCACUCUGCUUGCAAAUAACACUGCAAUAAAAAGGGUACCCUUUUCAGUAGUACGGUCAAAAAGCAUUGGAUACAUUUCAUUGUGUGGCCAUGUAGGAUUUUCACAUGAUGUUUUUCCAUCUAUCAUUUGGUCUUGGAUGUCACCAACAAAUUAUCUCCCACCCCUAUUUCAAACAUGUAAUAUGAUGUCAUCUCUUGUUCCUUUAGAUGUACCACAUAGUAGUUCCCAUGAACUAUCAUCAAUUUUCAAGUACCUUCCAAUUCUUCGAAGUCUUUGGGUGGAAUGUAGCUCGGAACUUCAACUUUCUCAUGAUGCAGCAACAAUUUUGGAUGUCUUAUAUGCGAUAGAUUAUAAGGAGAUGGAACCAACUGCAAUUACAUCACAAGUAUCAAAUAAGACUACUUCUACAUCACAAGUAUCAAAACAUUCCUCAACGUCUCUUUUAAUUCAAAUUGGAAUGAAUUGCCGAAUAACUAAUAUUCUGAAAGAGAUAAUUUUACAGCAGAAUAUGGAUGGCAACGGGAGUGGUGGUUGUUUCCUCCCCAAUGAUAGUUAUCCAAAUUGGUUAACCUAUAGUUCUGAAGGUUCUUCUGUGAAAUUUGAAGUUCCUCAAGUGGAAGGGCGUAACUUGAAGACAAUUAUGUGCAAUGUCUGUACUUCAACUCCGGAUAAUGUAACAUCUAGUGGCCUUAAAAACAUGUUAUUGAAAAAUUACACAAAGGCCACCAUUCAGCUUUAUAAGAGUGAAGCAUUAGUCUCCUUUGAAGAUGAAGAGGGGCAGAGGGUAGUAUCAAGUCUAGAACCUGGUAACAAAGUGGAGAUCCAUUUUGUUCUCGAGAAUGAUUUCAUUGUGAAGAAGACAACAAUUUAUCUCGUAUACGAUGAACCAGUUUCCAAAACAAUGGAGUUGUAUCAUGUCAAGAGAUUCUCUACUGAUGAGGAGUGUUGAGAAGAUGAACUUUGAUGUAAAGAGAGAAAGAAAGAGAGAAAAAUGUGAAAAAGGGAAUGAGAUUUUUAUUAACUUGUAAUAUAAGGAAGUACAGCUUAUAUAGAGUUUGUUACAUGAGGGAACAAGAUAAGAUAUUGUGUACUCAUCUAUACUAUAUAGUAACUAACUAUUUGACAACUAAUCAAGUUAGUUACAAGCUA